AUGACAACACCAAAUACAGACAGGUCGCUGGAAAAGGACCCAUCUGCCGUUGACGACAGCAGCCAUGUCGAAGCCGACGGGACCUGCAUCGAGACAAUCGACGCCAGAUCCGAGCGAAAGCUCUUGCUCAAGCUCGACCUGUACUUUGUCCCCAUCAUCAUGCUCGUCUACCUCACCUGCUUCCUCGACCGGAGCAACAUUGGCAACGUAAAGGUCGCCGGCAUGCCCGAGGACAUUGGCGCCUCGCCCAAGCAAUUCUCGACGGCCGUUUCCAUCUUUUACGCCACCUACGUCGCGUUUGAGCCGCCCUGGAGCGUCAUGAUGAAGUGGCUGACGCCGCGCAUCCUCCUCACCAGCCUAUGCGUCGUCUGGUCGCUGUGCACCGUCUUGACGGGCUUCAUCCACAACGUGGCAGGGCUGUACGCGGUGCGCCUCGUGCUGGGCGCCUGCGAGGCGGGCCUGUUCCCCGCGCUGAACCUGUACCUGACCAUGGUGUACAAGCGCCAGGAGCAGGCGAUUCGCGUGUCGUACCUGUUUGUCUGCACGGCCAUUGCGGGCGCGUUUGGCGGGCUGCUGGCCUACUGCCUGCUCAAGAUGGACGGCGUCGCGGGGCUGGCGGGCUGGCGGUGGGUGUAUAUCAUCGAAGGCAUCUUUUCCAUACUCGUUGCCCCGCUCAUAUGGUUUGGCUUGCCAAACGACCCGUCAAAGGCGUAUUUCCUCACGGACGAGGAGAAGCGCAUCAUGAAGGUUCGGGCGAUUCAGCGAGCGCAGUACAUGGGAAGUGAGGACUUUAGCUGGGAGGAAAUUCGCAUUGGGCUGAAAGAUCCCAAACUAUACAUGAGCGGCGCAAUCCAGUUUUGCCAAGAUAUUCUUCUCUACGGCUUUAGCACCUUUCUUCCCUCCAUCAUCGUCAGCAUGGGCUACAGCGUCAUUCAGGCUCAGUACCUCAGCAUACCGGUAUACAUUUUCGGCGGUCUCGCAUUUCUGGCAGCAGCCUUUAUAUCAGACCGUUACUGUAUCCGCGGCCCUUUGCUGUGGCUUACCAACGUGCCAGGUAUUGUUGGGUACGUUCUCAUCAUCUGCUCCUCCAGCAACGGCGUCAAGUUUCUCGGGACGUUUUUGUGCGCCGUCUCGGUAUAUAAUGGGCCCGGCUUGAACUUGACGUGGCUGAAUGUGAAUGUUGCGCCUCACUAUCGCCGCGCGACCGCGAUUGGCAUGCAGCUCAGCAUUGGCAAUUCGGCUGGUGUGGUCGCAGGGCAAAUCUAUCGCACGGCGCCUUAUAGGCUGGGCAACAUUUUUUCCGUCGCGGCGUUGGGGCUCUCGCAGGUCCUUAUUGUCGUGAAAUGGCUGUAUCUACGUCAGCAGAACCGGGAAAAGGAAAGAUAUCUGACGGGGGAGGAAGAUGGACGUCGAGUUCGAACUGGAGAUCGUGCGCCUGAUUUCAAAUAUCAUCUGUAG